UAUUGUCCACACCUUUUAAGACGCGCAUCCAUGCGAUCUUGAGACGUUGAACAUCUUUCUGUUUGGAAAAUAUCAUGGCAAAAUACAUGUUUGGUUGUCUCAUUUUGUUCUCCUGUUUUGCGGCGUACACAUUCGCAGCCACAUGCUCCACGACAACGAAGUUGAGUUCCUCUGGGAGUAUUUAUAGUCCAGGAUGGCCAUUCAAAUAUGGAAAUGACGUCGCCAAAUGCUGGCGUAUUACAGCGCCUCUCAGUAAUUAUGUGGUUCGACUGAGUAUCAACACGCUGAACAUGGAGGCCUGUAGUGGUUGCAAAUGCGACUAUAUAGAGCUGUUUGAUGGUUAUAGUGAAUUUUCCUCAAGCUUGGGAAAGUUUUGCACCGGAAAUUGGCGAAUAACAUCUUCUGGCAGAUACCUUUACGUGAAAUUUGUCUCAGAUUCCGCCGGAGUCGGUGAUGCUUUUUCGGCAUCCUACGUUACAUUGCAAAAAUCAAACACCUACAACAAUAAUAACAACAACAACAUCAAUAUCAACAACAAUAACGAUGACAAUAAGAAAAAAGACGAUGGUGGAAAUAAGACGAUAGUUUACAUUGGUAGUGGAAUUGGUAGCUUUAUCGGCUUCGUAAUAUUUUUAUGUAUUUGCUGUUGCCUCUGUGGCGGAGGGAGUUAAUUGACGCUGAAAAGGAAUUCCUGCCUGACAGUGUGCAAGACAC